GAGAGAGAGAGAGAGAGAGAGAGAGAGAGAGAGAGAGAUAAGUUUGCUCAUUUCACACGUAAAAAGAGCGAAUUGAUCAUAAUGUAGCUGCUUUUAGUUGGACAUAGUAACCGCGUAAACGUUUGCAAUUUGUGGAGAUAGAUGAGUUUGAACGAUAGUACAUUAGAUUAUGAAAAUGGCAAAUUAACUUUAUGAGAAUGUCCGGUGAAGAAGAAAUUACACAAAGAUUUAUACGCGACCUUGGUCUCCAAUACAUGAAGCCGUGUCCAAUGUGUAAAAAAUUGCAGGGCCAUAAGGAUUACAUAUAUUAACGCAAUAAUUGUGAUUUGAGCUAUUUUGGCAAGUUGACUAUUAAGAUAAAAAGACAACUGCGAAAAAUGGAAAUAGUAGAACGAAAAUCCAGCGAGAACGCGGCGCAUCUGGACAGUGAAGAAAUUGAUUGGAGAUUCAUGUUUAAUGAUACGCCGACAAUAUUAUGACUCACUGGGACAUAGUUCUUGCUAGUAUCAUAUUAUUUAUGCAUUACUGCCACGGUCACACAAGAGACAUAACGAAAAAAAAGUGAUAACUCAUAAAAACGGAAAUGUCACAAAAAAGAAAACAGAGUAGUUGCAUUCGAGAGUGCACAACAACAAAGUAAAUUUCGUACGCGGAAAUAAUAUUUUUUAAUUUCAUUUUUCACGAGACAUCUCAUCGUCGCACGAAUUGUAUCACGAGAAAUUAAUUUUCGACCUCAAAUACGUAAAAUGUAAAGUCGAUAUUACAUAAAAUUAUUCGCCUCUUAUCUAAUAAGAAUCUCCGAUUUUAAUAACGAAAGUAAUAAUAAUAAUGACGCUAUAACAGCAUACCCAGAGCUUCGAUAGCAGUGUCGCACGCGAUAUCAGAGCAUAUCUGACGCCUUGAACGUGGCAGAUGGAGUCAGAUAUUACAAGGCUUCGAGUUGAUUGUGCUUAAAUUAUACGUUUUGAGAUUCGUAAUCCCGUUUGCUCGUUAACCAUGGCAGUUUGCAUGUGUGUCAAGGACGAAGUUUACUUCGUAUCGCGCAAUUACAUAUGUAUUACUGGACCACGGAAUGUACAAUAGUUUUUCGACUAUUCUUGCAAGCUGGUCGAUUUACGACGUAAGAAAUGUAAGUUUGCGUGAUGCCGUGCAAAAAUAACUUUCGAUUAUGUCAUCCGAAUUAGGAAUUAUCAAACUGUACAAGUAGCGCGAUAUUGUUUGACAAUUAUAUCGCGUGACGUAUCGAUAAUGUUUUAAAUUAUUUUCACGGGAGAAGCUGUGUGUAAAAUAAAACUGUUAAAAUGGAAAAAAGUUCCAAAUGUGUCGCACAGUCCCGCGCGAUGACACAGAGUAGGUAUAUAGUCUCGCUACACAUAAAUAAAUAUAUUUUAAUGGAAUGAAAAUUUCAACGGUUUAUAGAUCACCGGUGAAAUUUAUCCCGAUAGCAGUUGUGUCAACGAAAAUGGAGUACAAUUUCGCGUAACAGUUCCGUCCUGAACAAAUAAAAAUUGUUAUCCCGUGUCUUCUUUCCGAUAACUCGCAUUACGUAACUAAUCGAGUUUCUUUUAUGUAUUUCUGCCAUUGUAUAAUUUUUCCGAAUUACAAAAAAAUUUGCUUCACGUCUCAUUUUCUACUGUCCUCGACACUGUGACGUAAAAAAAUAUUGUACGAGGGAUCGUAAGGGGAGGAAAGGUUUCUCUACCUUUAACUGAAACAUAGUUACUCGGUUGAAUAAAGUUCUUCGCGAAGGCUAAAUCGAUUUCAGAAAAUACCAAACAAAUGAAAUGGAAAUGAUCGAUUGCAUCGAACUCAAUAUUAUAGCCAGUGCGUAAAUGCAAAUCCUCGAACUUUCGCAUCUCUUUUCCCACACAAGUGGUCAUUGUUUCGACAUACCUAUGCAAACCUCGAUCGGCGAUCGUUUCGACUCAAACGAAUUCAAUUUCUCUGUUUGGCUCCACAUGUCGAAUCAAUUCCGGCGUUGUUGCCGCUCCGCAUAAAUGAGCAUUCCUGGUCAAAACAAUUAAUGUACAAUCCGUUUAUCGGUGAUGGCGAUAAGAUCCUAGAAGACAAGACAAUUUGCAUGGAAUUGUCUUACGAAAGCUGUACGUUGCUCGCGGUAUGAUCGGUCAAAUUUUCGUGAGGAAGAGAAAAGGAGAUGACAGGCGCGCCCGUCCGUCGUCACACAUGUGCUGGACUACGAUUGAUUAGGGUCAUCUCCGCGGCAACCAAUGGGCAAACACAAAUAAACCGCAGGACAGCCUGGAGCGGAACCGCUUGCGAACCGACCUGUCAGUAGACAGCUGACCGCUUUCUACGCGCAAUAUCCGCUUUCAAUUUCUAGACGUGUAUGACGAUUCCGAAAAGAAUCGCCCCCGGGAGAAAGUUUGCCGACAAUGCCGUAACAGCGGCGGCUGCGGCAGCGGCAGCGGCGGCGGCGGGAAUCAUCUAGGUUUUCAACCCUCGAGUCGUAACUGGACCGCGAAGGCCGUGUGCCUCCAGCCCGGCGCGGCGCGGCGUCCUAGUUCUACGUACGCUCUACGACGCUCGCUUCGAGACCGUAUUAACGAUAUUAAGCUCAAUAUAGAAGCACAGUUGCGAUUAAUCGCGCGGGAGAAUGCUGCCGAGUUUCCUUAAUAAAGCGACGAAUUUUGCGCCGCGCGCCGACUCGAACUGAAAUGCCGACUUUCAAUGAUCCCCGCGAGGACGAGCGAGAGAACGCCAAUAAGUGAUAUUGCGAACGCUCGAACGCUUUGAUUCGUAUCGCUGCGAGUAUUUCCCCGAGUUCAGACCGAGUUGAUUAUCUUUGCCAUUUUCCUCGAAUCCUUUCGUACGAAGCUUUCGGUUAUUCGGAGGACGCCCGGGCGCCCACACGCUCCCGAUCAUCAUGGUAUCCGCCAAGAUUUGUAUGCUGUACGUUCUAUCGGCGACUUUUACGGCCUACGGAGUAGAGGAUAUGUCAAAGGAAAAACAAAAACCGACUCAAUCGAGACCGGCGAAUCUUUUUAUAAUUAAUGGUGUGAAGAACGAAGCGGGGAACGCGAGCGUGACCGCCGCUUUGAAGACUCUGGCGGAGAAGUAUCCCGGUCACCUGGGUAACGUGUGGACCGUUCAGAUCAACGAGACCGAUUCCAGCGACAGUCUCGAAGGCGACAGUCUCGAAGCUAUAUGCAACACCUGGAGCUCGGCUGUCAGUAAAGGCGGCGCGACCGUUCCGGAUUUGAUUCUGGACAUAACGACGGCGAACCUGGGCGCCGAAGCUUCGAGUUCCUUCACCGCGGCCAUGGGGGUCCCGACCUUAUCCGGCCAAUUCGGUCAGGAGGGCGAUAUUCGUUACUGGAGAGAUUUGGAUCUCGAUCAGAAAAAUUAUUUGAUCCAGGUAAUGUCACCGAGCGACCUAGUGCCCGAGGCGAUCCGUCAAUUGGCGAUCCAGAUGAACAUCACCAAUGCCGGCAUUCUCUACGACAAAAAUUUCGUUAUGAACCACAAGUAUAAGAGUCUGCUGCUAAACGUGCCGACCAGGCACGUCAUCAAUGGUUUGCAGGACUCGAUCGACAACACGAAAGAGCAAUUGUCGAAAUUGCGAGAUUUGGACGUGGUAAACUAUUUUCUACUCGGCGACGGAGAUUCCAUCAACAUGCUAUUGGACGCCGGGGCAUUGUUGAGCUUCACCGGACGGAAAUACGGCUGGUUCUUUUUGACUCUGGACGAAGAAUUGUGGCCGAGCUGCGAGUGCGAGAACGUCACCGUAUUGUUCCUAAAGCCGGAAUCACCAAUGGUGAAUAGUGAAAAACAAGCGGAGUCUGUUGUAAGAGCGUCACUCCCAAAACCGCUCAUCACAUCCGCCUUUUAUUACGAUUUGACUCUGUUGGGCGUUAAGGCGAUCAAGUUGGCCUUGGACAAUGGUGACUGGCCCUUGGAACCUCGUCAUAUCGACUGCAAUAGCUACGACGAGACGAACACGCCAACGAGAAAUUUCGAUUUCCUGGCUAAACUGAAAGCGGUCUCGCAGAAUACAACGCCGACCUAUGCCGGCAUUAGCUGGGGCAACAAAAACGGAGAACACCACGCGGACUUUAAGAUGUUUAUGUAUAUGUUGAACAUUGAGCGGGAAAAAAUUACGUCGAAGGAGGAGAGCGGAGAAUGGCAGGCGGGCAUCGAAAUGCCCUUGCAGGUGACCAACGAAAAGAUUAUGAACAACACCGCAGUGACGAGCUACAGGGUAAUCGCCGUGCAACAUCCGCCCUUCAUGAUGUACAACAAUAAGACCAAGGAGUGGUACGGCUUCUGCAUCGACCUGCUAGACGCGAUUCAAGAGACCGUACCGUUCGAGUACGAGGUACGCGAAGUGGAGGACCACGAGUACGGCUCGUUGAACGAGAAUGGCAGCUGGAACGGAAUGAUGAGAGAGCUUAUAGAAAAACGCGCCGACAUCGCUUUGAGUUCGCUCUGGGUCAUGGCGGAGCGAGAGAAAGUCGUUGACUUCACGGUGCCCUAUUAUGACCUGGUCGGCCUGACGAUCAUGAUGCAGAAAACGAAGACGUCGACGUCGCUCUUUAAAUUCCUCACGGUGCUGGAGAACGAGGUCUGGCUCUGCAUCCUGGCGGCGUACUUCUUCACCAGCUUCCUUAUGUGGUUGUUCGACCGCUGGUCGCCUUACAGCUAUCAGAAUAAUCGUGACAAGUACAAGGACGACGAGGAGAAGAGGGAGUUCAAUCUCAGGGAAUGCUUCUGGUUCUGCAUGACCUCCCUGACCCCUCAGGGUGGCGGUGAGGCGCCGAAAAAUUUAUCAGGAAGAUUGGUGGCGGCUACGUGGUGGCUCUUCGGUUUUAUCAUCAUCGCCUCUUACACGGCUAACUUGGCGGCUUUCCUCACGGUGUCCAGAUUAGAGAUACCUGUCGAGACCUUGGAGGACCUGAGCAAACAGUACAAAAUACAGUACGCGCCUAUCGUAAACUCGCCAGCGUAUGUUUACUUCCAGAGGAUGGCGGACAUUGAGACGCGCUUUUACGAAAUUUGGAAGGAUAUGAGUUUGAACGAUAGCUUGUCGGACGUGGAACGAGCGAAACUAGCCGUCUGGGAUUAUCCUGUUAGUGACAAGUACACAAAAAUGUUUCAAGCUAUGAAAGAAGCUGGUUUUCCGGCCGAUAUCGACGAAGCGCUAAAGCGAAUUCGACGGGCAGACCAAUACGCGAAUAAUGAAUUCGCUUUCAUCGGAGACGCUUCGACCAUCAAGUAUCUCGCUAUGAUCAAUUGCGAUUUGAUUCAAGUCGGAGAGGAAUUUUCAAGGAAGCCGUACGCUAUCGCCGUCCAACAAGGAUCACCGCUGAAGGACCAAUUUAACAACGCAAUCCUCAUACUGUUGAACAAAAGACGAUUAGAGAAGUUAAAGGACAAAUGGUGGAAGCACAAUCCCGUCAGAAAGAAUUGCGACCUGGAAAAUAGUCAGAGCGACGGUAUCAGUAUUCAUAAUAUCGGCGGUGUGUUUCUCGUAAUUUUCGUGGGCAUUAUCUUCGCUUGUUUAACGUUAGCCAUCGAGUAUUGGUAUUAUCGGCACCGUGCGAAAGUUAAUGAAUUACAUCAGACUACACUUCCAAAAACAAAACUGACGAAAAUGACUAAGCCGAUUCGGUAUAACUUACAGCCUGCUCCUACACAAGGGUUUCAAACAAUCUCGCAAGCGAGGCCGAGAUUUUAAGUUCAACACUCAGGGAGGAUUCGUUUGUGAAAUAUAGAGAAUAAGAAUAAAGUUGUCGCACAAAAAAAAAGAAUAAAAGCGUUUUUAGACGGCCAUGUCAAUUUUGUAUAAUAACGAGAUAUUAGAUAAAAUUCAUGAAAAUUUAUGAAUUUUUAUAUCGGUGUGACGCACAACGCGGUUACAAAAUACAGUAACAUUUUCAUAGGAUCCAUUUGCAUAUUUUUAGUAUAUACAUGUAUAUUCUGAGAUAAAUAUGUGUGGUUUUAGAUAACUUUAAGAGAAGGUGAAAUUACAGAAUUCUUAGAUAAAGAGAGAUAAAUAAAUGUGUGGAAGUGGCAAAUUUAAAACUUACAUAAUUUUCAUGUUUUUGCAAUGCCUUUAUUUACCCUUUCCAUACAUUAUUUUGUGGAAAGACGAAGAGCGCCCUUUUCUUAUUUUUUUUUUUUACAUUGCGUACUUUCUUUUCACAUUAUUUCCUAAAGACAAAGUUGUUUAUAAGUGACACAUUCCUUCGACGCAUUAACAUCAUUCAACAUCCGUUUCAAAGGCAUCUGCAUGCUAAAGUAACAUUUUUUGUAUUUUUUUCGCAUACCUUUUCCAAGGUAAGCGCGUGUUUUCAAAUUACACGUUUUUUUUUACACGUAUGUUCUCAGUUAUUCAAUUUUCUUAGGGUGAGCACAGGGAAA